CCAUACCGGCUACUCUUUAGUCCACGCGCCGUCACCAAAACCCUCGUUUUCUUCCUCUAAAAUUCAGGCGAAUUCCAUUGAUACGGGAGGGAUGGACGACCACAUGCACGGUAUGGGGAUGCCGGCGUCAUCGCCCGUCGCCGCCGCCGCCGCGAACGGCACUUUUCACCGCCGCCACAUGAUGAUGCACAUGACGUUCUUCUGGGGGAGGAACACGGAGGUCCUCUUCUCCGGCUGGCCGGGACACGACCACCUCGGCAUGUAUAUUGUCUCGCUGGUUGUCGUUUUCGCUCUCGCGGUUCUGGUGGAGUGGUUUUCGAACUGCAACUACAUCAAGGACGGCGCGAACCGUGCGGCGGCGGGGCUCCUCCAGACCGCCAUGUACGGCGUGAGAAUCGGGCUCGCGUAUAUGCUGAUGCUGGCCGUGAUGUCAUUCAACGGCGGCAUAUUUCUGGUGGCCAUCGCCGGACACACGCUCGGAUUUUUGGUCUUCGGGAGUCGGGUUUUCAACAAGCCGCCGUCGACGGCGAACGGGAAGACCACAGAUCUCCCACCUAUGAGCUGCAAUUGCUGAUGAUAGCUAGGAAAAUUUAGGAAAAGAAAUUUUUUCUUACUUUUAAUUUUAGGCCUAUUUUUUUUUUUUUUUUUUAAUAAACGUUAUUAAGUCUUUGACUGUAUGGUACCAAUAUUUUUGCUGCAUAACAAGUAUAAUAUUUAUAUCAAGGAAUGGUUCACCUUCAAAG